UUAUUGUCGUCUGCAUCCUCUAUUUUGAACUUGUCUUCCUAUUUUGGGAGUUCUUGAAGACUUGAACCGAGGGUGUUGCUUCAGAUAUUACUAUAGUUAACGAGUUGUAACUGGUUGGAAAUGCUCUUAAUUCAAAAACUUGUAAAUCCUCUUGGGAAUUCAAGCAGAUAUCUGAGAUGGAAUUCUGUUUGCCUGGCAGUUAGUACUUCAACAAGAAACCUUCAUUUGUCUCGGCCUAAUGAAUCAGCUUUCGGCGAAGAUGCCAAAAAUGCCCUCCGUAAUUUUGGUGAUAUCAAGCACGCUCCUAUCCCAGCAUUAACAUAUGGAAUUGGAGGACUUUUCCCUUUCACUGCCAUCCCAGUGUAUAUGUUGUCAUCAGGAGUGUACAUCCCGGAAAUGGCUUUCACUUCAAUGGCCUACAGUGCUGUUAUUUUGUCAUUCAUUGGUGGAGUACGAUGGGGAUCAGCUGUAUCAAACCCUGAGAUAAUGAAUCCCAACUGGAAGAAUUUCACUACCUCUAUUGCACCCUCUAUUGUCGGAUGGAUGUCACUACUAGUCAGUAAUCCUAUUGGCACCUUACUGUCCAUUUCUGGGUUCUCCCUGUGCCUCUUGCAAGACAUGACAUCAAGCCAGUUCCCUUCUUGGUACAAAUCUUUGAGAAUUUUGCUUAGCACAGUUGCAAUUUGUGCUUUGCUAACCACUUUCAUGUGCCAAUUCUUGCUUCCUCUGGAGCCCAAAAAAGAAUAGUCUAUUCUUUUAACCUAACUUGCAAUAUUUCUUAAAAAGUCUUACAAGUUACCAUCGCAAUAUAGAAAUAUAUAUAAAUGUUUCCACAAU